AUGGCGGAGCUUCUGUCAGAAGUAAUCAUUGUAAUCCUCUCACGUGUUCCGGCCAAACCUCCCCUCCACCUCCGCAUCAUCUGCAAGUGGUUCCGCUUCCUUAUCGACAACACCAACUUCAUUUUCUGUCACCUAAACAAAUCUCGAGAUUCCAUUAUCAUUCUCCGACAAGUAUCUCGUCUCUACGAACUGGAUUUGAACUCCAUGGAUAUAGUAAAGGAACUUGACCAUCCUCUCAUGUGUUACAGUAACCACGUCAAGGUUUUAGGCUCUUGCAACGACCUUAUCUGCAUCUGCAACAUCGCCGAUGACAACGUUUUUUGGAAUCCUUCAAUCUGUAAGCAUCAGGUUAUUCCAUCGGAACCACUCAUCCAUAAAGAACAUAAGGAAACCAGCACUAUAACUACUAUAUUGGCUGCUUGUGAUUACAAUCAUUUAUGA